AUGGAGAUGGAGAUUGAGACGAUCGAUUUCUUUAACAGGGGGAAGCCGUUUUUCGCUGUUAUUUUCUUGCAGUUUGGGUUUGCAGGAAUGGAUGUCAUUUCUAAAGCCGCGUUGAAUGAUGGGAUGAGCAAUUAUGCAUUUGUUGUUUAUCGCCAUGCUGUUGCCACCCUCGUCAUGACCCCUUUCGCCAUUAUUUUUGACAAGAAAAUAAGGCCAAAGAUGACACGCUCGAUCUUCAUUAAGCUUAUGAUUCUUGCAUUACUCGAGCCGGUUAUCGAUCAAAACCUUUAUUUCAUGGGGAUGAAAGCGACAACAGCGACAUUUGCAGCCGCUAUGUGCAAUGUUCUUCCUGCAAUAACGUUUGUGAUGGCAUGCGUUCUAAAACUCGAGAAGCUAAACCUGAAGAGCAUCCGAAGCCAAGCGAAGGUAAUCGGGACUGUAACAACUCUAGCAGGAGCCAUGAUGAUGACCCUUAUGAAAGGCCCAGUUUUGGAGCUAUUUUGGACAAAAGGAAGAACACACCAUCAAUCUCAUGUAAACAGUACUGGGGUAGAUGCAGAUCUCCAUAAUUCUCUCAUGGGUGCUUUUAUGAUCAUAGUUGGAUGCUUCAGUUGGUCUGCUUUUAUGGUUCUGCAAGCAAUCACGUUAAAGUCUUAUCCUGCCGAGCUUUCUCUAACCGCUUGGAUAUGCUUGUUGGGAUCAGUCGAAGGAGUGAUAGUGGCGUUGAUAAUGGAGGGCGGAAAAGCGACAGUCUGGGCUAUAAACUGGGAUAUGUCACUAGUAGCAACUCUCUACAGCGGCAUUGUAUGUUCUGGUCUAGCAUAUUACAUCCAAGGACUGAUAAUGAGAGUUAAAGGUCCUGUUUUUGUGACUGCUUUUAGUCCAUUGUGCAUGAUCAUUGUGGCUGUGAUGGGCUCCAUUAUUCUAGCUGAGCAAAUAUACCUUGGAAGGGUUAUUGGAGCCAUUGUCAUAGUUACAGGGCUUUAUUCUGUUGUGUGGGGUAAAAGCAAGGAUGAUAAGCUUUCAUCUGAGCAAAUGGUACAAGAAAAACAGAUAAUAGAGAAAGAAUGUGAAGAAAACUGUUGUCAUGAGGCCAUCACCAUCCAAGCAUCAGAGGUUGCUACUGUCAAUGAAGGAGUUUCCGAUGACCAUAAUCAGACGAACGGUUUAACCUAACGGUUCAUCUCGUGCUCCGAUUACUCCCAUAUGUCUGAUAAGUUUAUAG